CCCCAACCGCACUACUUCCGUUAUAUUAAUCAAGAUGGCGUCAACAAGAAACAGAAAACCAGCGAAGAGUAAAAACACAAGUCCAGCAACAACUCCAGCGAAGAAAAAACGUCCGGCGACGCCCUCCUCAGGUGUGCUGACUCCACAGGAAGCAACAGAGGAGGUGAUUGUACCUGGAGAAACCGCAGCAGAAAGUCCAUCAACUUUGUCAGGGGAGACAACUGAUAAAAUUCCUAUUUUCAAGGAUCCAAAUUUUGUGCAUUCUAGUAAGGGAGCAGCUUCAAGUAAAAGAACAAGAAUUUGGAAAAACUUUAAACAAAUUGUUGCUGCAGAGAAGUUGUUACCAUGGAAACCGGAUGAUGUGACAUAUGGAUCUAUCGAGGCACCUCCAUCUUUUAAACCAGCCAAAAAAUACUCGGACAUUUCAGGACUACCUGCAUUUUAUAGAGACCCUGAAACGAAGCUCAGGUACAGCACAGCAGAAGAGUACUCACGACUAAAGUUGAUGCCAAAUGAUUUAGUUACAGGAUGUUUAGUGUUACGGAAAGCCAAUGCUCCCGUUCCUUGAUGUAGUACAUGGAUAUUGAAGGAUUUUUUUUAUAAAUACCUCUCCAUGGGUUAAAAGGGCCAUGGGGGAAAAGGUCAGGGGCCAAAGCAAGAAAACCUUGAUUGGAAGUUUUAGCCUUAAAUUGCUUAGAUCCAUCUCGUCAACCAGAAAAACUGUAUGAAUACCGUCACUAAAUACAAUCGUCUGCUGGAUAACCGAAAUACGCAGUAGUGAAGCGGACGUAAAACCUAUCAAUCAAUCACACAGAGCUGGCUGAUGCUUUGUUGAAGUACCUGUUUGCUGGCUCUAGUGGACUGGCUGUUGUAUUACUAUUAAUGAAAUGACAGACAAUUCAUAUGGUUCACCAAAGUUCAUUGUUUUAUGUGGGGCACUAUCACUCAAAUCAUGUGGUGCCACUGAUAUCUCAUUUUAUCAAAUGUGGCUGCAUAUCGACACCAAAUCACUUGUGGCAUCACAGGUCGCUCAGCCUUAUUACCACCCACGUUUUAAGCAUAUUCACAGACCUGAUGCAAUAGGAUGGUUACCGUAAAUGUCAGUCAUGCAGGCAAUAGAAGAAACACAGUCUCAGCAAAUAUUCAUGUUAGUGAUUUUUAAUAAAAAAAGAGAUACAUUCAAACUUCAAUGUUUGAACUUUGCAGGACCAUCUGAAAAAAUUUGAAACAUUGGGACUUCGACUCACCAAUAAUGCACAUCGAGAUCCUGUAAAUAAGACAGAAGAUUUUAUUUUUUUAAACACAGACUAAGGCAUUUGAUUUAAAAUAUAGAUAUUAUUAAUUUCAAUGUUUUCAAUGUUCUUCGAUUCAUUAGUUGUAAUUUUCAAUGUUUUUAUAACGAAUGGGCCUUGAUUAUACAUUGAAAUAGUGAGAAAUAUGACUUAUAAAAGUUCAAUACAUGAAAAGAAUAUAUUAGUGUAGUGUUAUAUAAGGGAACAAUUCUGGACUUUGUCAUAAGUUCGACACAUCGAGAAGUUUGAAUCUUUGAAGUUCGAUUUAUGGAAGUUUGACUGUACUGUAUAAGAUUAUUAAAACUCUUUUAUAUGUCAUAUGGGAACAUGUACCUCACUUUUCUUGCAUACCUGUUAUAUAUUAUAUAUUAGUGGUACAGUGCUGUUUUUUUGUCUGCCAAUGUUGAUCUGAUUAAGAUUUUUGGAAGCAACAUGAAUGUUGAAUAAUGAUGAGUAUAUAAUGCUUUGCAGGGGGGUUGGAAUGUAAAUAAAGAAAAAAAAAUUGGUAUGUAAAAAAGCAAUACCACAUAUAGAUUAUUAUCUGACAUCUCAGAUUGCAUUCUGUUAUUGGGAGAGUUGAUAUAUGGGGUAUAUCUUUUAGGCUUAAUCCCUUGUGAAAUAUAUCCAUAAAUGCAAUACUCUAAUGCAAUCUGUGAUGUUGGAGGGAGACAUAUAUUCACUGUACAAUACAUAUUAUUGCCAUUUAUAUUGUAUUGUUUAACAUAUCAAAUUCCAUCUUAUGUUGCAUAUCUCAUUAUGUCAUAUGCUGUCAUGGAGCUACGCGUCGUCCCUCAUCAUGUGUUGUGACACAUGGUUAUCACACUUUUUAUCAGAAAAAUUAAGGGGAAAUAUUGGUAAUGAUAAAAAUGUUGCACUAUACCUAUUGAUGAUUCCAAGUUGAUAAAAUUUGCAAAUGGUAUGCAAUAACACGUUUUAAUGACAAUAAGAAAAGGAUGAAUAAACACAUUUUGCUAACUUACAAAGGUGUUUCCCACUAUAGUGGUUAACCAAAAAUGUUUACCAACUCUUUGCAGAUAUAUCCAAUGAGUUGGGAGAAGGGAAACCUAACCUGUUUGUGUCAAUUUAUAUGUAUUGUACAUGUAUAUUUGUAUUUAAAAAUAAAAUAAAUUGCUGCAGGAGAGAAACCUUAA